CAAAACAAAUGAAGUUAAUGACUAACUAAAGUGUAAUCACGUUUUGUGCAACUUGUGUUAUUGUGUGGUGGGUUGCGACCGGACGAGCGAGGGUAGAUGGAAAUAAUUUCAAGUUCAAGUACUGUGGUCGUAACGAGCGCUAUGCUUACCUCCAUUUUAUCUUUCUGUUUUCUGCCUUUUACCGGUCAUCAUCUCAGCACGUGGUGCGCGAUCUCAGUAUUCUCAACAUGGAUCAGGAGGACAGUAUCCCAAUGGAUUCGCAAGUUCUGUAUCCAGUACUUUUGAUACCUAAAAGAUGUACAGCACUGGAAACCGAGUGUGAGGCCACAGAAAAUGUGUUUAUCGACUUGAACAUAACGUCAGCCGACACCGACGGCAACGAAAUGUGUAUUUAUUCAGGAUUCUGCAAUGUAAAACUGAUUGACAGCUAUGAUGUCAACAUACAGCCAGCUCCUGAAAUCUCAGACCCCAUGGACUAUGCCAUUGACAACAGCCAACUGCCAAUUAUCAUAGCGGACAGCCAGGGAUCUAUUGAUUACAACCAGAACCAAGUGUGGAUAGACCCGGACCGCUGCCCCAAUGUAUACAACCACUAUGACUCCACGGAGUCUCAGGAACACUAUGCGGUGCACACGGAGACCCACUCCACCAAGACCAGCAGGAUCACUGUGGAGAAGCACUGCACAUACAUCACUCAGAAUGUAUACAACUAUGGAGAAUCCAUCCGCUACUCACCGAUUGAGUCCGAAUACGAGCACAAGAAGUUCAAGAAGUUACACUCAAACGAGCAGACGCAGAACAAUUCGCUGGAGAAUAACAUGAACUUGUUUGAGGAUGACGAGUACCAGUGCGGAGUGUUUCUGUCUCAGCUGCCUGAAGAGAUUAUGAACGAGAAAGAGAAUAAAGUGAGGGAGGAGAUGAAGUUCUGUGAGAUGCAGAGUGAGAAUGAUGCGCUGAAGCAGCUGAUGUCUCCGGACAUUCAGUCGCUGUCGAAGCAGACUAAGACGAUCCUGUUCCUCGGCCACGACUCCCACCGCGGCCAGACCAUACAGAAGAUAGCGGUCAAUGACCCCAUGCUGGAGUGCAAUGGCAGCAUCACUUUGGAUGAUUGUGAAAUUACUUUUGAAGACAACUCGGACCCGAACCACAAGAAGUACCAGUGCGAGAAGUGCAAGCAGAUAUUCUCGCAGCUGGCGGCCUUCAAGCAGCACAUGUCGGGCUCGCACAGCAGCCGCAGCCCGCGAGAAUGUGCCCCCAGUGCGCAGCCCGGCGACUUGAGAUUCCUCUGCACGCAAUGCGGCAAAAGCCUGAAAACCCAAGAAAAACUAGAGAUGCACCGCCGCGCCCACGGCAACCCAGAACUAGAGUGCCCAGAGUGCCGCAAGGUCUUCGCCUCCAAGUUCACCCUGCGCACUCACAAGCAGAUCCAUCUCAGGAAGUUCAUCUGCGACUACUGCUCCAGGUCUUUCUCCAGCAAAGCGGAAUUGGCAGCUCAUUUUGCAAAAGUCCAUUUCCGUUUUGACUGCGACAAGUGUGAUCUUUAUUUUGAAAAGCAUCAGGAUUUGACCGAACACAAAGCCAGCGCUCACGAAGACUUUGGAGAUCUUGACUUCAAACAUGAUUCUAGCGAGACGGAAUUCGCUGAUUCGUUCAUCGAUGAUGAUAUUGAGACGUUUAGUGAAACGGAUCUGAUAGUUCCAGGCAGCGAUGAGGAUAUGGUGGUCAUUGAUGACGCGGAUGAUAAAACGGAUUUGUUGGAUAGUCUGGAUAAUAUGAUUGAUAAGGAAGAGGAGGCGAGAAAUGCGGAUUCGGUGAUCGCCACGGUGAUGGCGAAUAAGAUUUUUCUGCUGAAUUGUAAGAAGGCCACGCGGCACAAGAAAAGUAAUAAGUCGUGCGAAGUAUGCCACAAACAGUUCGACCGCAUCGGCGACUUAAAGCGGCACCUCAUCGAGCACGUGAUCCGAAGCACCCUCGCCAAGACUCCCGUCAGCGCCGACGGAACCCUCCACAUACAAUGUGAGGUCUGCCAGGCCGACACCUUUACAAAGAUAGACAAGUAUAAGGCACAUCUUAGGGAACAUGCGAAGUUAACCCUGUAUAAGUGCACGUUUUGCGAUAAGUCUUUCAGUGAUUCGAGUAAUUUUUCCAAGCAUAAAAAGAUACAUGGCGUGUCGUAUUUACAGUGUGAUUUGUGCCAACGCAAGUUUAAUUCGAAGAAGAUGAUCACACAACACAUGGAGUAUCAUAACAAUAAUGCGCCGAUUUCGUGUGAGUAUUGCCACAAGGUGUUCCAUUUUGAGUCCAUGUUGAAUAAGCAUAUUAAAUGCGCGCAUACGAAAGAGAUGUCGAAUAGGUUUCGAUGUCGCUUCUGUCAUGUUUACUUCAAGUCUUUGAAGGAGAAGUGGGAUCACGAGUGGGCCGUCCACAAUGUGAGGAAGAUGAUAGUCGACUGUCUCAUCUGCGGGUUUAAGUUUAGGAAGUAUUCGGAGUUAAAGAGGCACUGCCUCAAAUCGCAUAAUAUGGAUAUUCCGCCAGCAAAAAAACUGCUGAAAAAGAAGAAAGGGCAGUCGUAGCUGUAAGACUUGCUGGUUCUAGGUUUUUUUUACAUUUUACUUUUUAUUAUACGGUUUUAUUAGACUGAUUAUGAUCAACGUUGAAUUAGUUAACUAGGUUUAGGUAUAUUUAUUUAUCAUUUAGUCUAAGAUUCAAUCUAAUGAUAGGUUUUCAUAAAAUAAUUAUUUUUGUUGUCUGUUAUAAUUUUUAUAGGUUUAGCUAGGAAGCUCGAAAUGAUCAAAAUAUAC